AUGUCCACGCCCUCCCUCUUGACAGGCAAAUGGCUCUACCGCGCAUUGCUCCAACAGGCGCAACAGCUGCCCGAUACGCACGUGACGUAAGUAGGUCGGUGCUCUUGCUCUUUGCUUCUUCGCAGACCGAGACCGAGACCGAGCUGCUAAUCCUCCAGCUUUCCCGCCCGUUCGCGAUCCUUGCUGCGCCUGCUGCAGUGAUCAUUACCGACACCUCAUCAAAUCCGACUUUCGAAAACCUCUCCCUUUGGACCGGUCGAGAGCUCAUGAUCGUACAGUCCAAGCCCAAAAAGUCAGCAGUCGAGUGCCGCUCCGUCCUUCCCUUCUCCGCUCGGCUCAUACCACACAGAGAACUGAUCCGUGGGGGGGGGGGGGGGGGUUGGUUCCCGUUCGGUUCGUCCGACGAUCGCAGUUGUUGAGGAGGCUGAUGGCAGCGAACGAGGGUCAUUUGCAUGCGAUCGAGAGGGUGUUGGAUCAGGCGUACCAGAGGAAGGGCAAGGGGAGUCAUACGUUGCUGGAAGUGAGUUCACCGCACCAGGCGAACGAUUCGCGUUCCCUCCAAACAAGUGCUGAUGGUCAUCUCCUCCUCCUCUCCUUCUACAAAGCCGUUCCUCUCCCCCUCGCGACAGACCAAACUCUUCAACUCCCCCUCCCUCCGCUCCCUCCUCACCUCCCCUCUCUCGCACACGUCCCGAAACCCGACGGCCAAACAACUCGACACCCCUCCAACGCUCCCCCCUCGAGCUUUCCCUCAUUCAGAAGAGGCUCGUUUGAUGGGUCCCCUGAUCCCUCAACGCGUAAAGGCGAUCAGGAGGAGGUAUUGGAACAGUCAAACCGGAAAGAUCAAGAAACCCCUCGCUGUGCUCGUUCAGGGAUCAGAACCGGGACAGGAAGGGGAAGGGAUGAAGAGGGAGGACUUGUUGAAGAAGGUUGGAUUGGUGGGCUUGGGGCAGGAUUUGGAAAAGGUGGGGAGGGAGAGAUUGCAGCUUUUGGAGCGUUGGACGAGCGUUGGACGAGACGAACGGCCGAGGCGUUCGAGGAGGUUGAGAGGCGUGAGCUCGGCGCUUAUAGGUCCGGAGGAGGAGGGGUCGAGCACUUGGACGGAUUCAACACGAUUACGGUUAUCGUCUUCCGCAAAGGAAAAGGACGAAGGUGCCGGAGCGAAAACUUCAGAACCGAGGAAGGCUUCUUCGUCACGAACGACGACGACGACGAUCCCCAAUCUUUCCCUCCCCAAAUGGUCCACGCCCAAAGUCCUACGCCCCAGGUUCAUGAGGAGGAGGUACGAAGCCUUGUUGGAGGACGCUCCGAUCGUGACGGUGGAGGGGAAAGCGGCGGGUACCAAAGGAGGCGGGGACGCGAAGAGGGACGGAGAUAAGAAUAAGGAGAAGGACAAAAAGAAUUCGACUUCAGAUGGCCCAGCGGAUCAGGAACGUCAGGUGUGGGUGAAGGUCAGGCUUUCGGAAUUUGCGAAGAGUGGGAACGGGAGGCUGGGCAAGGUCGGAGAGGAGGAUGCGUGGUGGAUCGAUCGAUGA